UUUGUGCUCCCACUAGUAUUCUGGUUUCAUCCUGACUUGCAGAACAUGAUUCUACAAUGGGUGACUCCUAUGUUAUAGCCAUAGACUUUGGUACCACUUACAGUGGAUAUGCCUUCAGUAUCACUACAACAGAGGAAGAAAGUGAUCCCAAAUUAAAGAGAUGGGGAGCAGGACAAGGACUGGACACCCCAAAGACUCCAACCUGCAUCCUGUUUGAUGAAAAUGGAAAAUUUCUGAGCUUUGGUUAUGAAGCCAAAGCAGCAUACAUCAACAUGAGAGGAGAGGAAGCAAAGAGACAUUAUUUCUUUGGAGAAUUCAAAAUGGCCCUGUAUGGUAAAGAUCUUAACAAGGACCUUAAGAUUAAAGCAACAAACAAUAAGGAAAUGACGGCUCUGAAGGUUUUCACUGAAUCCCUGAGAUUCCUGAAGGAUGACGCACUGAGAACAAUCGGUUCCACCACAUCAGGUGUACCGUUCAAAGCCUCUGACUUCACCUGGGUCCUGACUGUUCCUGCCAUCUGGAAUCCUUCAGCUAAACAGUUCAUGAGAGAAGCUGCAACUCAGGCAGGAAUUAUAACUGAAGGAGAUGAAGACAAACUGGUGAUCGCACUGGAACCAGAAGCUGCUUCAGUCUGGUGUAAGAAGCUUCCAGCUGAUGGUUUCAUCACAAAGAACCACAGCAGAGACUCUCUGGAUCAGACUCCAGGAACUCAGUACAUCAUUGUUGAUUGUGGAGGAGGAACCAUUGACAUCACUGUUCAUAAAGUCCUGGGUGGAGGAGCCCUGAAGGAGCUGCACAAGGCCUCUGGAAACAACAUGGGAGGACAAACUGUGGACAGAAAGUUUAAAAAGUUCCUCAGAGAAAUAUUCACUGAUGGAGUCUGGGAUGAAUAUGAGGAAAAAUAUCCCAGUGAGGUUCAGAAGAUGAUGUAUGAUUUUACUUGUCUCAAAAAGGUAGAUGAGGAUAUUCAGAUCACAUGUUCAUUUAAUCUGGGAAAACUGGCUCAGAAAAAGAAAGACAUAGAAACGUUCUUUGAGUCAAUAGAAGGAGCUUCGUGGAAUGAAGGAGUCAUUAAAAUAUCUAAAAAGAAACUAAGAUCUUUCUUUGAUGAGAGUCUUCAGGGCAUCACUCAGAGUCUCAGAGAAAUAUUAAAAGAAGAUCUUGACAUUCGUUACAUUCUCUUAGUGGGGGGGUUCGCAGAAAGUCAAAUACUGCGGCAGCACAUUAAUAAAGAGUUUGGAGAAGAAUAUAAAAUCCUGUGUCCUGUUAGACCUCAGGAAGUGAUCUUAAAAGGAGCUGUAGAGUUUGGAAGAAACCCAAAGAUAGUGGCAUCUCGGAAAACUCGCUUCACUUAUGGGGUGGCCGUGUUAAGACGGUUUGAUGAGUUUGAACAUAAACAAGAGAAGAAACUCACAGCUGAUGGAAAGGAGUGGUGUCAGGACAUUUUUAAAAUACUGCUAGAAGAAGGUGAAGAUGUGGGCUGGGAUGAAACCAGAGAGCAUCUCCUUAAUGCAGUAGAUCCACAACAGAAAGAGAUGAGUGUUAGAUUGUUUAAGACUGAAAGAAAAAACCCAAGAUAUGUAGAUGAUUGGGGGGUGGAAGAAGUAGGUUCAUUUACAGUUAAACUCUGUGAUCCUGAAAGAAACAAAGAACGAAAAGUGAAAGUGGAACUAAAGUUUGGCUCCACAGAGAUAACAGCUACAGGGACUGACCUGAGUACUGGAGAGAAAAGGUCACUUAAGUUUGAGUUCAACAACUUCUAAAACAUUUAUAAUAUCACUGCAGCUGUUUACAGUUAAAAAGGAAGAAAUGUUUGGAGGCUCUUUUACAUUAUAGGCCAUGGUGCUUUUAUCUUAUUUGUAAUUAAUAUCAGCUU